GCUGUUGAGCUGGGAGGCGCGGUUAGAAGUCGUUACUUCGAAGGGGGGCAGUCACGGGCUAGGGGAGCUCGGGGGCAGCGAUCCACCGUAGUCGGAGCUCGGACGGGAACGGCUCGGGGACCAGGGUGGGCUACUUUUUUUUUUCUUCCGGGGCUUUUGAUUUUUCUUGUCUUUUGCUUCGGGCCGAGUGUCGCUCACUAAAAACUGAGAUUUUCCCCUUGCCAAAACCCCAAGCAGCUCUCCGGUCGAUUUCUAGAGCUUGAGGCCGCUGGGUGCUGCGAGCUCCGGACGCGCAGGCUAGGGGAGCAAAGCGUAUCGAGGGCGGGGACCCGGAGCUCGCUCCACCGCUUGUCCCCAAGCGGGUCCUCUCGCGCAGGGUGCAGGAAGCGCACGAUGAAGGCGGUGAGCCCGGUGCGCCCCUCGGGCCGCAAGGCGCCGGCGGGCUGCGGCGGCGGGGAGCUGGCGCUACGUUGCCUGGCGGAGCAUGGCCACAGCCUGGGUGGCUCGGCGGCCGCGGCGGCCGCGGCGGCGGCAGCGCGCUGCAAGGCGGCCGAGGCGGCGGCCGACGAGCCGGCGCUGUGCCUGCAGUGCGAUAUGAACGACUGCUACAGUCGCCUGCGAAGGCUCGUGCCCACCAUCCCGCCCAACAAGAAAGUCAGCAAAGUGGAGAUCCUGCAGCACGUUAUUGACUACAUCCUGGACCUGCAGCUGGCGCUGGAGACGCACCCUGCUCUGCUGAGACAGCCGCCACCGCCCGCGCCACCGCUCCACCCGGCCGCCGGGGCUUGUCCGGUCGCGCCGCCGCGGACCCCGCUCACCGCGCUCAACACUGACCCGGCCGGCGCCGUGAACAAGCAGGGCGACAGCAUUCUCUGCCGCUGAGCCGCGCUGGCCAGGUGUGCGGCCGCCUGAGCACCAGCGAGCCAGGAGCCCUAGAAAGGGGGGGCCAGAGCAGAAAUUAAGAGAAACAAGCCACCGGAGGAAAGGGGGGAAAAAAACUUCAGCAAAUCUAGAAACAUUGUCUCGUCUUGUCAUUCCAAGAGAGAGAGAGAGAGAGAGAGAGAGAGAGAAAGGAAAAAAUAAUAAUAAAACUUAAAUUCACUUUUACUUUUUUGCACGUUCACAAGCAUUCACCGUACGUAUUCUUUUUAGUUUCUUUUAUAACCGCUGUAAAUUGUACAUUUCUGUGGUUAUUUUUAUCAUCCUUUUGGAGGUGCAGUUAAACUUUGAAGCUUAAGUGUUGUCGACAAGACUGCUAAGUAGAAGACCAAUAGUGAAUCCAACUUUAGAGGUUACAUUGUGACGAGCGAAUUGUUUUUGUUUUUGAAGCUUUACUAAUAUACCAGAGCAUUGUAGAUACGUUGUUUUACAUCUAUUGUUUAAAAUAGAUGAUUAUAACAGGGCGGGGAACUUUUUCUCUGCAAGAAUGUUACAUAUUGUAUAGAUAAGUGAGUGACAUUUCAUACCCUGUAUAUAUAGAGAUGUUCUAUAAGUGUGAGAAAGUAUAUGCGCUUUAAUAGACUACUGUAAUUAUAAGAUAUUUUUAAUUAAAUAUUUUUUGUAAAUAUUAUGUGUGUGUUUUUUUAAAUCGAUGGGAAUAUUUCUUUUGGAGAAUUAUUUUUCAGCUCCCUUGCAGAGCUCUUAAUAUCUGGAUGUUUUCUCUUUGGCCAGGCUGGUGAUUUUUUGUUUGUUUUGCCCAGUAUCCAGUGUCUGAGGCUCAGAAGUUACAGCUCUCCGGUACUGGUCUUGCAUGAUUGCAUGAGAUGUUCAAUCACAAAAUAAACCGGUUAUGAGUCCUUUCAAAUGUGCUUUCUUUAACCUAGAUGGAAACCUUUUUAUUAGAGUGUAUAUGUUGAAAACAAACCUUGUCGGGUUUUAAGUACAGGGUUUUAUAGUGUAAUAUAUAAAGAAUUAAGUGUGUGGGUUUUUUUUUUCUUUUUGAACUGAGGUAAAAAAAAAAAAAAAGCUUCUGAGAGAAUUUGUAUAUAGGAUGGAGAAAUGCUUGGACCUUUAAGGACUCUACAGAACUGCUGUCUUUUCAAAGUGAAAAUGUUCGUCCUUCAUUUUACACUAAAGCAUAAUGUCAUGAAGUUUCAUAUCUGUACAGAGUAUUUAAAUCAUAGAAAUGAAAAAUGUUCUCUGCUUGCUACCAAAGGACAAACUCUGGAAAUGGACAUUUCUACCCUCUUCCCUCCAAAGAAUAUUAAUAGGCAUCAGUAGGAGAAAAAACAAAAGAAAAAAACAUACUGGAAAAUCCUUCAAGCAGGGAUAAAAGUCGAUCUUCAAACAUUAACUUAAGUAGACCAAAAAUUCUGAUGACCACAUCUAGAUUAUUUUUCUAUAAAAAAUGAUUUUCACUAUAGCGAUGUCAGUCACCACUAAGCUACUGUCCAAUUCCAUGUGAUGUGUAACUUUUACAUGUGAAAAUUAAAAGUAGAUUUAUCUGUCUUGUACUGUGA